GUUUCUUUCCCCGCUCUUGAGCGCCCGGCGAUGCGGUGCUGAGCAGAUGUGAGCAUCGUGAAGGACACACGUACGGACGCAUUUGCCCGCUACGGAAGGAAAGCCAGGCAGUCCUGCUAAUGUUCCAUCAGCUGAGCUUCUAGCUGUAACCCCACCAGGUGGUCCUCACUUCAACAUCAUGCUGCACCUCACGCUGCUCCUCCAUCUCCUGGUCCUCUCGCUCUCCCCUGCAGAUACAUCAAUGCAUGGGGAGGUACCCGACUUUUAUGAAGACGAAGCCACAGGUUAUGGGCCAGUAUUUGAGGAGCAGCCGGUGGAGACCAUCUACCCCGAGGAGUCGCCCGAGGCAAAAAUCACCAUGAGCUGCCGGGCUCGGGCCAGUCCACCUGCCACAUACAAGUGGAUGAUGGACAACAUGGAAAUUGACCUGAAUGCAGAAGGCAGCCACUAUAGUUUAGCAGGAGGCAACUUGGUCAUCAGCAACCCCAUUAAAACCCAACAUGUAGGAAAGUACUCCUGUUUGGCCACCAACAUGUACGGCACGGUCAUCAGCCGAGAGGCCUCAGUCCAGUUUGGAUACCUCGAUCUUUUCUCAUCGGAGGAGAGGGAGUCGGUGUACGUCAAAGAGGGACAGGGGGCCGUGCUGCUCUGCGCUCCCCCGCCACACUAUCCAGCCGAGCUGUCAUUCCGCUGGAUCCUUAACGAAUUCCCCACCUUCAUCCCACUGGACAAGAGACGUUUUGUCUCCCAGAUAACUGGCAACCUCUAUAUCUCCAAGGUGGACUCCUCGGACAGCGGCAACUACUCCUGCAUUGCUUCCAGCCCGUCCAUCUCCAAGAGCGUUUUCUCCAACUACAUCCCCCUCGUCCCUCUGGCUGAACGUCCGAUCAGGAAAUACCCCGCUGACCUCAAAGUCAAGUUCCCAGACACCACUGCUCUGGUGGGGCAGAAUAUCACCUUGGAAUGCUUCGCUUUGGGGAACCCCGUCCCUGAGAUCCGCUGGAAGAAAUUAGACGGACAGCUGCCACCCAAUCACGAGGUGCGGAUGGCGGGGGCUCAUCUGCACCUGUACAAUGUGCAGUUUGAAGACGGCGGCACCUAUCAGUGUGAGGCGGUGAACUCGAGAGGAAAGGACUACCACACUGCACGCGUGUCUGUGGAAGCUUUUCCUGAGUGGGUGGAGCACAUCAGCAGCGCAGAGAAAGACCUCAGCAGUGAAUACACUAUGUCCUGCAUUGCCAGUGGCAAACCCAAACCACACAUCCGCUGGCUGAAAAAUGGAGAGCUGUUGGACAGGAAAGAGAUGAGGUUCAGCAGCCUGACGUUUGACGAUUCAGGGAUGUACCAGUGCAUAGCAGAGAAUCACCACGGAGUCAUAUAUGCCAACGCAGAGCUGCGUGUGUUUGCCUGCGCUCCCACGUUUGAACACAACCCAGUGAGGAGAGUCCUGGCAGCUAAAAACGGCCGUGUGGUGAUCGAAUGUCGACCCAAAGCUGCUCCAAAGCCUACCUUCUCCUGGAGCAGAGACACAGAACUGCUUUCCAACUCUACCAGGGUGUUCAUCUUGGAGGAUGGAAGCCUGGAGAUCCUCAACGUGACGCGGGCAGAUGAAGGCAGGUACACCUGCUUCGCAGAGAAUGACCGGGGCAAGGCCAACAGCACAGGCUCUCUGUUGGUUACAGACUCCACAAAGAUCACCUUGGCACCAUCCAGUUCUGACGUUAAAGUGGGUGAGAACGCCUGGAUGCAGUGCGCCGCAUCACACGACUCCUCUCUGGACAUCACCUUCAUCUGGUCACUGGAUGGCAGAGUUAUUGACCUGCACAAGGACAGUCAACAUUAUGAACGCACUCCGAAUGGAAGCUCGAACGGCGAGCUACUGAUCAAGAACGCCCAGCUGAAGCAUGCUGGACGCUAUACCUGCACCGCACAGACUCCCAUUGACAAUGUUACAGCCUCUGCCCACCUGGUUGUCAGGGGUCCCCCCGGUGCCCCAGGUGGGGUGCGAGUGAUGAACAAAACUGACGAGAGUGUAACAUUGCAGUGGAGCCGUGGAGCAGACAACCACAGCCCAAUCUCCAAAUAUACCAUCCAGUACAGGGACUCCUUCUCAAAGGACGUCUGGAAGACUGCCACUACAUCGCCUGCAGAUGUAGAGGGAAAUGAAGAGAUGGCCACAGUCGUGGGUUUAGUCCCCUGGACAGAAUAUGAGUUCAGGGUGAUUGCCACCAACACUUUGGGGACAGGAGAGCCAAGCAGCCCCUCACCUAAAGAGAAAACCCUGGAAGCAAUUCCUGUGGUGGCGCCCUCGGACGUCGGCGGGGGUGGAGGGACUAGCAGAGAACUGACCAUCACGUGGACGCCUGUACAGCCACAGUACUACUACGGGCCUAACUUUGGCUACAUCGUGGCUUUUAAACCUCAAGACGAUAACGAGUGGAGGAAGGUGACAGUAGCCGACCCCCAGGCCAAGCGCUACGUCCACAAGGACUCCUCCUUCCCCCCAUCGACAGAGUUUCAAGUCAAAGUCAAAGCGUUCAACAGCAAAGGAGAGGGACCCUUCGGCCUAACAGCCGUCAUUUACUCUGCACAGGAUGCUCCGUCUGAAGCUCCUGGAAGUGUUGACGGCAAAGCUCUCUCUGCCACAGAGGCCAUCGUGUGCUGGCUGCUGCUCUCGCAAAGCAAUAUAGAUGGAUACCAGGUGAAGUACUGGCGGAAUCAUGAGGACAGUGAGGGGGGCGCCCAGAGGGUGGUGGUGCCCAGCAGGGAGAACCACACCAGGCUGGAGGGUAUGAAGGCCAACUCCCAAUACCUUGUUGAGGUUCGGGGCUACAACUCUGCAGGAUAUGGACCGGCCAGCGAGCGACUUCAGAUCCACACCAAGAAAGCACCUCCAAGUCGACCCCCGAGAAUAAUUGGUAAAAAGUUAAAGGGCCAAUCUGUAAAUAUUGCCUGGGAAACUGUGACACCACUGGCUAACGAGGCGUCGAUAGAUGGCUACAAAGUGCUGUUCAGGCAGCAGGGCCACUCCACAGGCACGCUGUACACAACCUCUAGACGGUACAUAGACCUUCCCCUGCCCGCAGAGGGGAACUAUGUGGUGGAGGUCCGGGCGCACACAGAGGGGGGAGACGGGGCCGUCGCACAAAUCGAAAUCACAGGUGGAGGUGUUAUGGUCGCCCAGUCUCUCAGCGUACUCUCCCUGCUCCUGGUGGCUCUCCUCUGCCUCAGCCUCUGAAUGUAGCGCCAUCUUUGUCUUCACUUCCCAUGAAGGAGACUCUUUACGGUUGACGCCUAUAAGGACUUAGGGACUCUUUCCACAAACGUUUGGUUCCACCCUAUAACCCGGGAUGUCAUAUUCCAACUGGAAUAUGUUUGUGGAAAUAGACACAGAAAUGGAAAAAAUUGGAAAAGGACAAAGACAUCCUUUAUUUAUCCACAAAAAGCCUCUUUGGAGGAGUGUCAAAGGAGUUCUGUCAACUUUUUAAAUAUGCCUUAUAUAAAUGACUGCACUUAUCUUCCACACGAACUUGUUUUAAAAUGGAUCAUGAAAGAAAGUGUGAACAUUACACUUUGCAUAGUUUGGCUGUUCCGUCUUUUUACAUCAUGAAGCCGACAUUUCUCUACAUAGAUAAAGACGCCGUUUGCUCAGGAAUGUAGGCUUCAUUUGAUCAGCGAUAUUUUGGAAAAUCUAUCCUACAGUGCAUUCCAUAGUUUAAGGUAAACAAGUAGCUGUGAAGGAUAAGUGUAUGAGUUUAUAAAAAUGUCUUUUUGUCUUUCUUUACUCGCAGUUCAGUGGCAUUUUCUUCUGUUUUCUUUUUAAGAUGAAGCACACUCUUUUUUACCGAGAUACAGUCAAAGCAAAUCUCACCUUCUCAUACUUGAUUUCAUUAACAAACAUCAUAGAGGAAAGAGCAAUUUAUGUCAUGCUGAAAUAAUAUAUCCAAUAAUUCAUGUUUUUUUUUCCUCUAUCUAAUAUAUUAUGGAUGUUAUUUGGAGAAAAAUAGAUUUCUGACCUGCAAUCAAGGCUUAUUUCCAAAUCAUAACAUGAGCUCAAUUAAUAGAACUUUGAAAAUGUGUGCAUGUUGACAUUGUUACUUGGAGGAAGCGUUUCAAUGCCUCAAAAGUGUUUGGGAUCCACAUUUGCAAAGCUGAAUGUAAAGCAAACCACAGGGACAGGAAGUGAACUGAACAACAUAUCAGACAUGCAGUUUAAAAAGGAAAACUGCAGCAAACAGUGUGUGAGAGUGGUCAUUCUGAUUGCCUGCUCACCUCUGGUUAAAAAUGUACAACUGUGCAGUGAUCAAGGCUUUGCCACAACAUCUGGGUCAAUGCUGAGACUGAAAACUGCUCCAUGUUUGUGAACUAAACCUAAACAAAAAAAAAAAAAAAAAAAACAAGCUUUUGUUUUGACUGUAUCAUUAGGACCUCAGUGGUACCCGCUGGUGCUUUGUAAAGAAUGUUGGCAUUUGAUUUAGCGUAAACAUUUUCAUUUCAUCUCUCUCAUUUAUGCUUUUGUGUGAGAGUCACUAUUAACUGUUACAGUGAACGGUAGCGACGCUCAUGCCCUCCAAUAAUUGUGCAAUGUCAGAUUCAUCUGUGGCUACUUUACAUUUUCUAAUAAGACAACUUGCCUAGCUCCGAUAACAGUGAUCUAGUAUAUUUAAUUUUUCAUUAUCUGGUAUCAACAGAAGCAUAAGCAAAGCCAUUCAUGUCGACGGUGGGAGCCCAUUCUAAGCUCAUCUGCAUUAUUUUUGUCUUUUUAUUAACAUGUGAUCAGAGAUAUAUAAACAUUAUCAACUGUUGUCGCUUUUGUUUAUGAUUAUUAUAUUUGUAUUCAUGACCCGCCUCCAGCUGGACAGUUUCAAAGUUCAUUUCCCUCGAAUGGAGGAACAAAUGCUGUGUUUUUGAAUUCCUCCGAUUUCAUGUCUUGUGUGACUGAUGCUGGCCGUGCUUCUACAUUGUGACUAUAUCAACAUCCACCACAAAGUGCUUUUCCCAAUUUCCCUUCAUGCGACAAAUCAUAAACAGAGUUGCCAAAUGCAUGAAUGCCUUGAACUUUGACAUUUCGGAAGAAGCGGCUCUACAUUCUAACAUGCAUGACACUGGAAGACGAAGUGGCACAUUACUUAGCAACAAAUCGACGUCAUAGCAACUUCUCGACCUCUCAGCUUCAUAUGAAAUACAUUCCAUUCCUGAGUGACAUCCCUUUAUGUCAGAGACAGCGUAGAUGUAAGCCUAAUAUGUGCAUUAGCUGCUAAGCUCCAUUAAGCCGUCGUCUCAUUGGGAGAGGAGUUUUAGAGGGAAAAUCUUACACUGACUAAAGGAAUCUCACUCACUGAAGUUCAGAAAUGGUCCUGCAGUCUCGCGCACACGAUUGGUUGGGGUUUGAUAGCGUCACUGGUGGCAGUGGCUGCGUGUUUGCUGAAGUUCAGCACUUCGCUGGACUCGAACGGCACUUGUGAGGGAUGAAACUGGAACCUCUCAUUGGCUGGACAAGGAACAAUAAAA